AUUUCCCCCAAGCCGAGACCAUAGCCAAGCAAAUGACGCCAGCAACACUUCAAGGGCACAAGCUCUACGAAAUCGGACCGGGAAGCACCCCCGUCAUGCUCCCAUCAUCCAAUCCAUUGGAUAGAGUCGAAGGGAUGCUCAUUUUUGGACUGGACGCUGACCAGCGCAACGCAAUCUAUGAAAAGGAAGGCGGACUGAUGGAGUUGGUUAACGUGCAGGUGGAUAUCACUCAAAUCGAUGGUCUUUUGCUUGAACAUGUUAUUCUCAGUCGGAGGGUUGUUGAUGCUGGGGCGUUUGUUUGGGUGGGUUGUCGGGAUUAUCUGAUACCUAUGGAUAAGAGUGCUUGGCCGGUUGAUGGGUUUCUGGAUAGUCAAUUUUAUGAGAAUAUUUGUUUGUCUCGACGGACGGUGAUGAUGGAGUGGGAGUUGAAGGAGAUGUUUAUGGCGGAUUUUUUGGAAAAUUCUUUAUAGGAUAGGAAAGGAGAUGGGGUUGGUUGGAUGGGUCAGGCGUGUUGGGAUUGAUUAUGAAACUCACGCAAGAUAUGUGCUACGGCCAGAUUGUUUGCUUUUGCUAGGGUUUGCAUAGGCGUUAAUGCUUUGGUGAAUAGGAUUGGGGCGUUAUGUUGAUACUAGAUGAUCGUCUGCCUUGUUUAGCAUCGCAAGCUAAUAAAAUAGCGGU